AUGUGUCCAAAUGAAAAAGAAGAUGACAUGUGUUUGAGACCAAAUCCCUUUUCAACAACAAAAGGUAAGCAAAAAGCCCAAAUACUACCAAAAAAGCCCUCUCCAUCUGCGUCUGCAUGUCCAGCCCACUACUCACAGAGACGACGAAAUAGUUUUUUGCAAAUCUGCUUAAGAGAGAGGAAUUCGAGCUUGAAGACGAACCAGAACGAACAACAUUACAUACACACCAAUCUUUCACACAAAGGACAUUCAUAUAUAUUAUGUAUAUGUAUAAUUUCAGCACCUCAGGGGAGAGGGGAAAGGUUUCCUAGCUGGAUAUUGUUGCAGUGCUCUUCGCAAUUCAGGGUCAUGAACAGACCUCUAGGUGCUUGA